GCGGGAAGCUGCAGGCGGGAGGCGGGAGGCGGGAGGCGGCGGCCGCGGCGCUCAGUCCGGCAGCGCAGCAGGAGGGAGGCGCGAGGCAGGAGCCGGCGGCUGGGCUCCGCAGCGCAGCCAGCGCAGCGCGGCGCCCCGGGCCCGGCCCCAUGCCCGCAGCCCCGCCGGACCGUCCUUGAGCGCGGGCGCCUAGCCCGCGCCCCCCGCCCGCCGGCACCAUUGCCCCGACGGCGCGGCCGGGCGGCCCGGCGCUCCCCAGGCUCCGCGCGGGCCGAAAGACGCUGCUAGCGGCCGCCGCGGGUGUGGUGAUGCUGCUGGUGCUCGUGGUGCUCAUCCCCGUGCUGGUGAGCUCGGGCGGCCCGGACGGCCACUAUGAGAUGCUGGGCACCUGCCGCAUGGUGUGCGACCCCUACCCCGCGCGGGGCCCCGGCGCCGGCGCGCGGACCGACGGCGGCGACGCCCUGAGCGAGCAGAGCGGCGCGCCCCCGCCUUCCACGCUGGUGCAGGGCCCCCAGGGGAAGCCGGGCCGCACCGGCAAGCCCGGCCCUCCGGGGCCUCCCGGGGACCCGGGUCCUCCCGGCCCUGUGGGGCCGCCGGGGGAGAAGGGUGAGCCAGGCAAGCCGGGCCCUCCGGGGCUGCCGGGCGCGGGGGGCAGCGGCGCCAUCAGCACUGCCACCUACACCACGGUGCCGCGCGUGGCCUUCUACGCCGGCCUCAAGAACCCCCACGAGGGUUACGAGGUACUCAAGUUUGACGACGUGGUCACCAACCUAGGCAACAACUACGACGCGGCCAGCGGCAAGUUUACGUGCAACAUUCCCGGCACCUACUUUUUCACCUACCAUGUCCUCAUGCGCGGCGGCGACGGCACCAGUAUGUGGGCAGACCUCUGCAAGAAUGGCCAGGUGCGGGCCAGUGCUAUUGCCCAGGACGCGGACCAGAACUACGACUACGCCAGCAACAGCGUGAUCCUGCACCUGGACGCCGGCGACGAGGUCUUCAUCAAGCUGGAUGGAGGCAAAGCACACGGCGGCAACAGCAACAAAUACAGCACGUUCUCUGGCUUCAUCAUCUACUCCGACUGAGCUCCCCACGUCUCCCUCCACCCACGUCCCUCACCCGCCGGGUUCCCCUCCGGGCGGGGCAGACGAUGACUCGCCCCUCGCCCACCCGCUCGCUGCCCGGCCCUCCCCGGCUAUGACGCCCCCGGCCCGUGCUCAACACCGCCUGGGCCACAGCUAGGCCCUCCCACCGGCUCGCUGCAGAGCCGGGCCCAGCGCGCCCUGUCCCCGUGCCAGGGAACCGGGGUUGACCGCCCCCGCCCGGCCCGCGCUAUAUAUUUGUACAAUAGGACUGUUUACUGCCCACCUCCGCCUGCCAGCCCACCCCAGCCUGGGGAGAGGUCGCGGCGGCGGGUUUGCUUCCUGCGCUCUGAGAUGAGCUGCCCUCGGCUCCCUCCGGGGUGGCGCGCCCGGGGGAGGGGGGAGUUGGGGGCUGGAUAGCUUCCCAGCACCCUCAGAGCCCCCGCCCGGCUGUGCCCCGUCUGACCAAAGCUAUAAUAAAAACAUUUUCACCCCGCA